AUGCAUUCAGAAUUCUUUUUUGAUCUUAAUGCUACAGAAAAAGAGGCUAUAGAUCUUUACCAUAGGACCCCAGAACAAGCAAAGCAGCAAGAGGCUGACAUAUCUGGACAAGUUUACCAGAUAUGGGAUGAAUAUAUGUGGAUUACACCAGAGACUGUACAAUUGACGAAUCCUGCAGAUGUUUGCUGGGAACAAAAGGAACAACCUUGCGGAUAUAAUGAAAGAAAUUUAACAAAGAAAGACUGGAAAUAUUUGGGAUAUAUAUCUCAAAGACUUUGCAAAUGGACUAUAGAUGUUACAUUUAUAUGUAAAAAACCUUUUAAAUGGCCUGGAUCAGAUUGGACAAAUCCUGGAACAAAAUGGAUCUGUGGGACUAAUGUAUGGCCAUGGCUGCCUUGUGGAUGGAUAGGGCGAUGUACCUUAGGUUUUGUUAUAGCGCCAGGCAGAAUUGUAAAGUCUGUACAAGGCAUUCCUGCUAAUAUGCCUAACUUACAUGCUUGUUGGACUAGAGCAGCUUUUAAAUGGUAUGAUUAUCUUGCUGCUAUUUUUAUUCCUUCAUUAGGAAAUGUUGAUGUUAUGACUAAAGUAAACGCAUUAACUAAUUUUACACAAAAAGCAUUGGUGGGUGUGAAACAUGCAGUGGAAGAGUUAAAUUCUGAACAGAAGCUUAUGAGAAAAGCAGUAUUACAAAAUAGAAUGGCUCUUGAUAUUAUUACUGCAGCUCAAGGAGGGACUUGUGCUAUUAUUAAAGUAGAAUGUUGUGUGUUUAUACCUGAUGUAUCAGGUAAUGUAUCCCAAGCAGUAGAGGAUCUGCAAGAACAGAUAAAAAAUAUGGACUCUCCUUCUCCAUUUCUUCCAGCACAAUGGUUUGAUUGGUUUAAAGGUGAUUGGUGGAAACACGUUUUGGUUGUUAUAAUAAUUAUUUUGAUCCUAAUUUGUAUGACUCCUUGUAUACUCUCUUGUUUGUCAGACUUUGUGACGCAACGUAUGCUAGCCUUUAACUGUAUUCAUCGACAGAAUUAA